AUGCUGCAGAACCUCAAGGACAUCUCAGGCUCCGCUGUUCCGGUCCGAGUUGGUGGCACGACUGCAAACCAUGCGAUAUGGACACCAAACCAGAAAGAGGCAAUCAUUCAAAACUUCGCCACGCCUGGUGCAGACCAGCCUGCAAACGUGACGUGGGGACCAGCAUACCUCGAAUCCUUCAAAGUGUUCCCCAAAGGCACCAAGUACACCAUUGGCGUGACAUUUGACAGUGGCAAGAAGGGCGAGGAUGCCAGUGUCGCUGAAGCCACAGCGUUCUACAAGGGCAUGGAUAAAGACCUCUACGCCAUUGAGGUCGGAAACGAGUUCGAUGUCUUCCCUGUCAAUCGCAACACGACAACAUGGACAAUCAGUCAAUACGUCUCCGAAUGGCUCUCCCGGACCUCCGCCAUCGCAUCCCGCGUCCUGCCCAAGAACAAUCAAAGAUUCUUCCAAGCAGGCAUCUUCGUAACCCCAGGCACCAUCAGCGCAGACGUAUCUUGGACUGCGCAAGCGGCCAUCGACCUCGGCAUCGCAUCAACAGGCCUCGCAAAGACGUUCUGCACCCAUCAAUACUUUGGUGCGGCAUGCCGGCCCGUAAAGCCGACUCUCGCUGGCAACGUGAUGAACCGCACAGCCUUGAUACAGGGGAUGAACUACCACGCUGGCGCAGCUGCGUACUCCGUGUCGAAAGGGCUGCAAUAUGUUAUCGGUGAGACGAACUCGAUUGCUUGUCAAGGCUUGGCGGGUGCGUCUGAUGUCUUUGGUGCGGCGGUGUGGAGUGUGGACUAUGCGCUGUAUGCUGCGAGUUUGAAUGUGUCGAACAUGUAUUGGCAUAUGGGUACUGGGUAUCGGUACUCUGCGUGGCAGGCAACGCAAAAUGGUACAACGACUCCGGGUCCAAGGCCGCUGUAUUACGGAAACUGGCUCACAGCAACUGCACUUGGGGACUCGGAUGCGCAGGUUGUGUCCAUCGUAAACACAACGAGCCUUGCUGGGUACGCGAUUUACUCGAGCAAGCUUCAUCGUUCGAAGCUGAAGAGUGUGGUGUUGGUGAAUAUGGAAGUGUUUAAUUCGACUUCAACUCCUGCGACCCAAAGGCCUAGUGUGAGCUUUGCGCUUCCAGCGAAGCUCGGAGGCAAGAACUGCAAAGCAAGUGUAAGGCGUCUCACUGCAGCAGGUGCAGAAGUUCGAGAUGAAAUUGCAUUUGCUGGUCGCACCGUUGCCCUUGACGGGACGUUAAGUGGUCGUGAAUCGAAGGAGCGGGUAUCGAACGGUGUCGUGAAUGUGAGAGCGAGCGAAGCCGUUCUUGUGACAUUCAAUUAG